UAUUUGCGACCGUCCCGCCAUAUUGUGUAUGCAGUGCGGGUCAGUGGCGCGUGUACAUGGGUCUUUUCUGAGGAUUUUCUAUCGCGCGACAAACGGCAGAGGUGCGUGAAUCUGCCUAUCUCACUUACGGAACUUAUUGCACGAUGGAUCCUGCGAAAUUGAAAGUGGUUGAUUUGCGAUCCGCGCUGGCCGAGCGUGGCCUCGACACCAAGGGCAACAAGCCAGUGCUUGUCGAGCGACUACGCAAGGCGCUGGAAGAAGAAACAUACGAACGUAAUCAAGAGAAAUCUAGUUUGCAAGUAGAAAGUACAGGUGAAGAUUUUCAAGAGAGAGUUGCAGAAGCUGCACGAUCUUCGCAGUCACCAAGGACACCUAGUAGAGCAUCCAGGAGUUCCUCCAUGACAACUCCAACAAAAAUUUCCACGAGAAAUGCCUCGAGGAUGGCUACAACACCAAAUUCUACAAAAAUGUCUGCUUCAAGCAAGUUUGAAUUUACUGAUAAAACACACGAAGUGUUAGCACCGAUGUCAGAGUCUGUCUCUGAAGAAUCUGUAGUGCAACAAGAAGAGGAAAUAGCAAAAGUGUCUCCAGAAAAGCCUAUAGAGAAACAAGACUAUGCAUCAGAGUGCAUAAGUCAGAAUGAAAUCUAUUCAUCGUUAUCUGAAAAAUCUCAGGAAGAUAAAACAAAACAUAUUUUAGAAGAUAAUAAGUAUGAAGUUAAUGUUUCUCAAGUACCUGUGACAAAGCCGUCUGAAAAACCUAGUACAAUUGAAUGUGUAGAUCAAUUUUCUAAAACUCAAGAAGAACAUGAAAUAAAAAUAUCUAAUGUAGAUGAAGAAAAACUUUGGCAAACUCAAGAACCAGUAGCAGAAGAUACAACAAACUUGGAAGAAGACAUAGAAAUGAAAGAAGAUGUUGAUAAAGAUAAUUUUAAGCAAGAUAUUGAUGACAAAGAUUUGAUAAAAAAUGAAAAUAUACAAGACACAGAAAACUCGUAUAAUACGAAAGAUAAUGUUGACAUUCCAGAAGUUGACAAAUCAACAGACAUAACAGUUGAUCAGAUAAAUAAGACAGAUGAAAUUAUUAAAUUUAAAGAGAAAGAGAAGAGUGAUGAAGAUUACACAGCGGAAGAUGAAAAAAUGGAUAGUGUAGAUGAUGUAGAAGAUGUGCAUGAGAAAACAGAAGAGGAUAUUUCACAAGUUGAAAAGACUGCAAAAAUGAUCAAAAUGGAAAAAGAAGACACUGUAUCGCACACAGACGAAUCAAAGCGAAAGGAAUGCAAUGACAUGAAGAGAAAACGGUCUGUUAGUCCAAGUUCGUCCGAAGUUCAGCAAACAUCCCCCGUAUCACAAAAACCAGAGGAUGAACCAGAUUUGGACAAAUACAACGUAAUUUUAUCGUGGUACGAUUCAGAUUUGAAUUUAAUUAUCGACAAAGAAGGAUUUGUCUGCGCUACACCUAUGCAUACCGAUGAUUUCUGUCAUAUGUGGGCUGGCGCGAGAGCAUCUUACGGUUUUAUAAGCGGGAAAGUCUAUUACGAAGCAAAAAUUACAGAGCACUUUUCUACUGCGGAAAAAGAUGAAAAAUAUUCAUCUACACUCAGAAUUGGCUGGUCGGCUCCUUAUACGUCUAUGCAACUUGGCGAGGACAAGUUAAGUUACGCGUAUACAAGUACCGGACAGAAAGGUACCGAUGGAAAGUUUGUGGAUUACGGUUCGAAAUUCGGCAAAGACGAUGUUGUGGGUUGCUAUCUUGACAUGACACACGAGAACAUUGUGGAAUUGACUUACACGGUAAACGGCAAGGAUCUCGGAUCUGCGUUUAGUGUCUCCAAGGAAGAGUUGGGCGACAAACCUUUGUUUCCACAUAUUCUGAGUAAAAAUUGUACAUUUGUCUGCAAUUUCGGACAAGAAGAGGCGUGGUGCGAGCGGAUUCCGGAAUAUACCGUAGUAGGUGACGUUGAACUUCAGGAUAGAGUUCCAGGCCCAUGCAGACCGGAUGAGAAAGCGGAUUGCGAGAUGAUAAUGAUGUGCGGCUUGCCAGCGGCAGGAAAAACUACUUGGGCGAGGAAGCACGCGGCUGAACAUUCAGACAAAUUGUAUAAUAUUUUAGCACUUCAUAAAUUACUUGAGAAAACAAGAGACGUUUCUCUGUCGGAUCAGGAAGAGAAAGUUUGUCCGAAAGAUAUUGCUAUUGACAAGUGCAAUCGUGCGCUUGAUCAACUAAUUGACGUAGCAAGUAGUAGAAGACGUAACUACAUAUUAGAACAAAAAAGCAACGUAUAUUUUUCCGUACAAAGGCGUAAAAUGCGAAAUUUCUGUGGUUAUCAACGAAAAGCUGUCGUUGUUAUCCCUACAGACGAAGAAUACAAGCAACGUUUGUCAACGCACGAUGCAAUCGAAAGAAAUACCUCGUCAAAUAUAGAUGAACUCAAAGCAAAUUUCGCUGCACCUUCGGCGGGAGAAUCUUUCGAUGAAGUCGAAUGGAUCGGACUCGACGAGGAAAAUGGUAAAAAGCUUAUUGAGAAGUACAAUAAGGAAGGCAAAGAGGCUGGAUUCAAUCAACAACCGGUUGCAAAACGGUCACGUUUUGAUAAUAAGAGUGAGAGUAACAGAAACAUACGCGAUUCUCGAAACAAUCGGGAUAAUCGAAGAAAUAAUUAUCAAGACAGAAGUCGCAACUCUGUGUGGCGUGGCGCUGGUAUGGGAGGUUGGAGAGGAGACAGACCGCAAAGGGGCGGUUAUAUGAGGCACGCCGGUAGUUACGGACCUCCACAUGCCCCAUGGAGAUUGCGAGGUCGAGGCGGACCCGCAAUGAUACGAGGAGCAGACAGAAGACACGGCGGCAUUGAAAGAAGAGCGGGAAAUGACAGAAAUCGACAUGUCUCACCUAGACAGGGAAACUGGGGAUCCGUAAGCAGUAAUUAUCAAGGAUCACAACAAUCCAGUUGGAAUCAGCCAGAUUCCAAUUGGUCGAGCAGCAGUCAGCCGAAUAGCCAGGCCAGUUGGAGUCAACAAAGUGGUGGUGGCGGCGGCUGGGGAGGUCAGUGGGGAGGUGGUUGGAAAGGAUACGGCCAGAGUAACACGUACGGUCAGGCAUAUAAUCAGGGAUACGGCAAUGGCAAUUGGAACUGGAAUCAACAGUAUUACAACAACCAGUAUUGGGACCAGCAACAACAGAGCGGGCAGACCACCGCGACUGGUGGUGGUCAAGCUGCGAGCAAACAGUAAUCCACCACCGUAUAUAAAUCUUGCAACAGCGGAAAUCGAAACUGAAAAUAUCAGGUAUAGAUUUAUAUACACACACACUUAUAUUUUUCUGCUAAAUGGAAAUCCUUUUUAUUUUAACAAGUGCCGAGUGUUAAUCAUGUUUGUGUGAUCGUAGGCGUAUUUCGCAUAUUUCAUUUAGAUUGCGCAAGUUAAAAGAUUCGCGACGAUCUCUGUAUGCUGCGGCAUAAGAGCGAAAUGUAGUUGUUUGAAAGGAUAAGAAUACAAUUUUAUACAAACGAGGACAAACUACAUAUUCGCUCGGCAUGCGAGUUGCACACUCACAUAUAUGUAAUAUAAAAAGAACGUAUGUCACAAUUAUGUUUUACAUAUAAGAAUAUAUAAAAAGCUGCUCCGAGUAAAAGGUUUAUCAGCUUUUAACUUUAAAAGCUUUUAUCUCGGAGAGUUACGCAAUCAAUUUUAAUAUUUUCAAAAUAUAUAUAUUGGUAAGUUUUACAUCAUAUACAUCUUAUAUUCAGAAGUUUCUUGCGAUAUGUACGUUUCAUUGACAUCUUAUUCUCGAUAAGGGAGUUACUAGGAUUGUGCUCAUUAAAUUUUUUUUUUUUUUUUUUUUGUAGGAAUUUGUUUGCGAUGGA